AUGGGAACAAUCAAAUUGCCCCGUCUGCUUAACCACUAUAGAAGCAUUCCAGACGGGAAGUUAUGUCGGCACGGAGGUAAAGUGAAAGGACAGGAAUGCUCGGGGUCCCGGAAAAAAGUUGAUCCAUUGGGCGCGAGGGCUGCUUCGCCUCUCGGUGCCGCACCCGACCCCAAGCCCGGGUUGCCCACACGGUCGUCGGCCGCAUCGGUCUCCGGUGAUCCUCUCGACCUGGAUUACUCUGGUGUUUAUGACAAACUGGCGGCCGUGCUGAAAUGUGUACUGGUGUACGACCAUAUCCCUAAGCCAUGCAGGGAGAAGUUCGCACAUGAUCUGAACGCCUUGCUGACGGCUGUUUGUAAUGACCCUGGUGACCCGGCUCACUGGGUUAGACUCCACUGUUUUGUCCCAUACGUCUUACAGAAGACUUCCAGAGGGGGUCGCCGGGUCAACCAGGGCAAUCUGGUCAACAAGCGUCUAAGCGAAUAUUCAACUAUUAGUCUUGAAACCCUGGUACUGUGCUUUGAUGGGUUCAAUAAUGUCAAAUCACAAAAGCACAACCCCGAUCGGUGGAUCAACGCUGUGUCAUCUUGUAUUAAACAGGGAAACCUGUCCUCGGCUGUCAGACUUGUCUGUUCGCCGGAGGGCCUGGCGGAGAGCUCGCCGGCCACCUUCGAUAAAUUAUGUUCCAUCCACCCAAAAAUUCCGGUGGACAGGCGGGUCUUUCCCGCAUUGACACCAACGGCUGGUUGCGUUUCUCCCGCCGAGGUGCCGAGAACCGUUAAAUCGUUCAAAAACGGUUCUUCUGAAGACCUGGAUGGCCUACAACCCCAGCACCUUAAGGAUGUUUUUUCAGGCCCCUUGCCAAUCGACGACACACUGAACUCCUUAACCCAAUUCAUUAAUUUGAUCCUAUCUGGAGCUUGCCCACUCUCCGUCCGCCGUUUGCCCAAAUUGAUGUACUUCCUGCGUACAUCCAAACACAUUGACCCUUCUAAAUUGGGCAAAUUUGACGGAGCCCUGCGCACCGCCCUGUCGUCGAUUUGCAAUGUUCAAGCGCCCGGACGGAUGCACACUAAUACCUUGGAGAGCCGGAAGAUGUUUGGCGUGGGAUGUUACGGUCCCUGGCACCCUCGCCGAACGAUACGUAAACCUGACAAGUAA